CCAAUUAAAUUCCAACUAGUCAAGUUCCAAUGAACUGAAAGUCGCCCACCGACUCCCAAAACAAAAACCCAAAAAAGGUGACGAGAAUGAAUGAGUUGCUACUUGUCUCACUCCACUCCCAAAUCUCCUGAAACUCGCUUCCUUCCGCUUUUCUUGGUUUCUGAAAUUGGAAGUUUGGCUGUUCUUGGUUGCUGAAAGUGUAUGGCAGAUUGGGGCCAACCAGUCAAGCAUUAGAGAGAGUGGGGAGCAGUUGCAAGCUGCAACAAUGGUUUUGGGACAUAGUGCCAACAAGGCGCGGGGAAGCCCAUCACUCCAACUUGAUUACCUAAUCAACAUUCUUGAAAUAAAGCCUUGGCCUCCCUCUCAAGCGUUAAGUUCGCUUAAAUCUGUUGUCAUCCAAUGGGAGCACGGAGAGAAGAACUCGGGUUCAACUAGUCAAGUUGCCCCGGUUCUUGACCCCGAUUCCAGCAUUGGCAGUGGAAGGAUAGAAUUCAACGAGUCGUUUAGGGUCCCCGUCACACUAAUAAAGGAGAUUUCGGUUAAAUCUGGAGGGAAUUCGGAUAAUUUCCAGAAAAACUGCAUUGAGUUCAACCUGUAUGAGCCACGGAGGGACCUGGCCGCAAAGGGUCAGCUGCUGGGAACUGCUGUUAUAGAUUUUGCCAGUUACGGGAUUGUUAAGGACAGUUUGAGUGUGAGUGUUCCGAUCAGCUGCAAGAGGGCUUACAGGAACACUGUGCAGCCUCUUCUGUUCUUGAAAAUCAAGACGGCUGGGAGGAAGAGUGGCGGGAAAUCAGUGAUGAGAAGCUGGAGGAGAGAAUCGUCAAUGGACAGUAGUGUUGGGGACUCUGUUUCUUCAUUGAUGAAUGAAGAGUAUGCCGAGGAAGCUGAGACAAUGGCUUCGUUUACAGACGAUGAUGUUUCUCCACACUCAUCAUCAAUUGUCUCUUCAGGUGUUGAGUCAAAGUUCAGUUCAUCAGCAGCUCACAAAGAGAACGGAUCCGAGGGAGGGAAAAGUGGACCUGCAGAAGCUGAACAUGACCGCAAUUUAGGUUCAGAGCACACGGUUAAAAAUUUAGCCAAGAAUCUAGCAGCUGAACCAAUAUCAACCACGAACGGAAGUUCUGCAGAUUUGUGUUCUGAUAUUGACUGGAUAUCAAGGAAACUCACUACCCGCAGUACUAUCCAAUCAACAUUGCUAGAAAACACACAAGACCUAGUAGUAGAAAGAGGCAAGAACCCAGAAACCGGAGAAGGUGCAGAAGCAAUGGAAGAGAAAGGGCAACACUCAGAUGCAAAUGCUAGUGGCAGAAAAAGCUUUGAAGCAGAGAAUAUUGAAAGAUCAAACCAUGUGGACUCUCACUCCUUGGGGAAAUUGCAUAAUAGCAAUGGAUCUGUCAGAAGUGAUCAGUUUGUCUUGGAAAGGAAAUGUGAAGUGUUAGAGAAGAAGAUAGAAAUGCUUGAAGGGGAACUGAGAGAAGCUGCUGGCAUUGAGAUUGGUUUGUUCUCUGUGGUGGCUGAACACGGAAGCUCUACGAAUAAAGUCCAUGCCCCGGCUCGGCGCCUCUCUAGGCUUUAUUUUCAUGCGUGUAAGGAAAAAUGUUUGCUAAGGAGACAAAGUGCAGCUAGAAGUGUUGUUUCUGGAUUAAUGUUGGUUGCAAAAGCCUGUGGAAAUGAUGUUCCCAGAUUGACUUUUUGGCUGUCAAAUUGUAUUCUGCUGAGGGCAGCAAUUUGCAGUUUCUGUAAAAAGCAGAAAUUAGCAUUUCCUUCUGAAUGUACUAGAGAUGAUGCGGUAAAGAAUGAGAGGAGGUCGUCUCCAUUCAAAUCCAUGCCCAAAAAUAAUAAUGGAAAUGAUCUUCCCGGGACAUUUGAAGACGGGGAGAACCCUUAUGCCUUUGUAAAAGCACUUGAAAAGGUUGAAUCUUGGAUAGUUUCUCGGACCAUUGAAUCUCUUUGGUGGCAGACUUUCACUCCAUACAUGCAGCCUGAUGCUACCACAAAGUCAGGCGGCAAAAGACCUGAAAACGUUUCUUUGGAACUUUGGAAGAAGGCCUUUAGGGAUGGCUAUGAAAGGAUGUGUCCUCUUCGCGCCGGAGGGCACGAGUGUGGAUGUCUUCAUCUACUCUCUAAACUGAUAAUGCAGCAAUGUGUGGGUAGAUUGGAUGUGGCUAUGUUCAAUGCUAUCCUUCGGGAGUCGGGUGAUGACAUCCCAACCGAUCCGGUUUCAGACCCCAUCAGCCAUAUGGAGGUUCUUCCCAUUCCCCCCGGAAAAGCAAGUUUUUCAGCUGGUGCCCAACUCAAAAAUGUGAUCGGGAACUGGUCGAGAUGGCUAGAUGAUCUUUUUGGUAUUGACAUCGACGACGAAGACGAAGAUGAGUGACCUAAUGAUGCUUCCCAAGGACAUGCUACUGAGCAGCACAACAAGAAAAGAGGUAUGCCCCACAUUUAGCGCCUCGCUGAUACGAAGGGUUCUCAAUGUCUUCAUCCCGGACGAAUUCUGCCCGGACCCCAUACCUAACGGCGUUCUAGAAUCCCUCGACUCAGACGAUCGGUUUGAAGAGGGCGUGACAAGCUUCCCGUGCACGGCACCUCCCGUUGCUUACGUGCCACCCUCGAUGGCCGCACUUGGCGACAUCAUCGGCGACAACAGCAACAACCGUUUUCAGCUGACGAGGAGCGGAUCUUCGGUGCUCAAGAAAUCUUACACGAGCGACGAUGAACUCAAUGAGUUGGACACGCCUCUGAAUUUCUUCACCCACGAAUUUGAUGGCGGUGAGAUGGCGGCGCCGCCGCCACCCUCAAGAGGAGGAAGUGGGAAUGGUGUUAGGUAUCAACUCCUGAGGGAGGUCUGGUUGAGGAGUGAGUGAUAGUUACACUGCCUGUGCUUUACUAAAUUUGGAUUGUGGUA